AUGAGUAACCUAAGCGGUGUAUCCAUAAAAAGGAUGACACAUCUUGCCGUACUGCUCGUAUUAUGCAUCGUUGGCCAACCCGUGCUAGCGUACGGCCAGGCGCCCCGCAAGCCGCCAAACAUCGUCAUUAUCACAGCAGACGAUAUGGGCUGGCACGAUGUGGGUUUCCACGGUUCCAACCAGAUACCGACGCCGAACAUUGACGCCCUGGCGUACGACGGUAUCAUCCUCAAUCGGCACUAUUCCGCACCGAUGUGUACACCGUCGCGGGCAGCCUUGAUGACGGGCAGAAACCCGAUCAACGUGGGCAUGCAGCACUACGUGAUCGACAGCGAUGAGCCGUGGGGCCUCGGGCUGGACCAGCGCAUUAUGCCCGAGUACUUCCGGGCGGCUGGCUACCGCACGCACAUGAUCGGCAAGUGGCACCUUGGAUUCUUCACCGAGCACUACAUACCGACCAACCGGGGGUUCGAUACGCACAUCGGGUACCUCGGUCCGUACGUUGACUAUUGGAGCUACGUGUCGAAAAUGAACAGCGGUACAUUCCAGGGUUACGAUAUGCGUCAAAAUCGGUUCGUCAACUAUGCGGCCAACGGGACGUACGCUACGGAUUACUUCACAAUGGCCGCUAAGGACAUUAUCGCCCAGCAUGGGAAGAGCGAAGAACCGAUGCUGCUGGUACUAAAUCAUCUUGCACCACAUGCAGGAAACGAUGACGAUCCACUUCAAGCGCCCCAAGAAACGAUCGACAAAUUUACGUACAUCCAAAAUCGCGACCGUCGCACAUACGCAGCCAUGAUGUCCAAGCUGGACGACAGUGUGGGUGCGGUGUACGAAAGUCUAAAAGUGAACCGAAUGCUCCACAACUCAAUCAUUGUGUUUCUGAGCGAUAAUGGAGGUGUUACUCGAGGGAUGCACAGCAAUACUGGCUCCAACUAUCCGUUCCGGGGUCAAAAACAUUCUCCUUGGGAAGGUGCGGUUCGUACGGCAGCCCUCAUCUGGAGUCCUUUGCUCCAGGACACGCAACGUGUCUCCAACCAAUGGUUCCACAUCUCCGACUGGCUACCGACGCUAGCGUCUGCCGCAGGAAUUAAGGUGGGCAACGGUUCGUUUAGCGACAUCGAUGGAAUUGAUCAGUGGGAAGCGCUGGCGUACGGUACCGGUAAUCCCCGACAACGACUGAUGAACAAUCUGGAUGAAAUAUUCGGCUACACUAGCUACAUGGAGAAUGGUUUCAAGUACAUCAAUGGUACCACCCUGAACGGAGUUAACGAUGAGUGGUACGGUGAAACGGAUGCGUUCGAUAAACUGCCAACAGACGAUCAGUAUCUCAACGGUGUAAUGUCUACCACGAUUGCCAAAGCAGGCAUGCUGGAUGAAAAGCUCAUCACAUACCUUCGGCGACACGCCAGAGUUAACUGUGGCAAUGCGAUUCCGACCAAACGUUGCAACCCGCUAGUGAAACCGUGCCUUUUCGACAUCAUAAACGAUCCUUGCGAAAUGCACGACAUCUCUAGUCAGUAUCCGAGGAAGCUGCGCGAAAUCAGACAACAUCUGGAGCACUAUCGUGCGCGGGCGGUAAAGCCACGCAACCGACCCCACGAUCCGGAAGCUGACCCAACCAAAUUCGGUGGCGUUUGGAACUGGUGGCGUACCGAUCCGACCAGGCUAGCCAAACAGGACGACGAAAUACCACCACCGUCCCAUUCGCUGGCAAAGGACACGCAACUCUUUGUAAUUAUUCCAAUUGUAGUAGUUGGUAUUAUAUUCGUGUUUGGCACCUUACUCUAUCUUUCGAACAAAAAUCUUAUCAAACUGUGCCGUAGGAAAAAGCAGGACUCAUCGACCACGCCCAGCGAGAUACCGACUGAUGCGUCGAGCCCGGAUGGUAAAGCGACGGCCGAUGCCGCCUUUAGCUCGAAAAUUUACGUCAUUAGCGAUAGGGAUCUGGACAGUCGGCGAAUAAAUCUAAUUUUUAACAUGAAUUUGUUAAUGAAAAUUACUUUCCUCGGGUCACUUUGGCUUGCCACCAGCAUAAACUUUGUGAAGGCGAACUCGCUUGAGUACGAUGGUUGGCUAAAUAUCGCACUCUUCCAUGCGCUGGACAUUGACGAACCAAACAAAUUCACCCUUCGGGGCAACGUUACCGUCACCAACCGUAACACCGGCCUUGUUUCAGUGGCACAGGAACCGCUAUCACUGCAGGACAGAAACAAAUUGAAACGAUUAGCGCAAGAAAACCGGCUUUACCGCCUAGAGGCACACGUUACCGAUUCUGAUGGAGUAACUAAGUUUCUUACCUCGUCGAAAGCGUGUGCUCUGGCGAAAGCUCAGCUCACCGAUGUACUGUGGGUUUCGUUGGAUCAUUCGGGCAUGGUGACCGCGGUCACACAAUCGGUAAAUAAUGGCAAUAUGAACGAAUGCCGCGAUCUGUCCAAUACGGACGUUGACGUGCUGGAUGAAUUUAACACGGACGUGUACGUGAAGCAUACCGAAUCGGCUCCCAUCCCGGACACGGCCAGCUUCAUUCAGAAGAUGGAACGGGAACGUGAAGCUCGAGAACGCGGUGAAACGAAGGACAAUCGAAGCUUCUUUGCGAAAUACUGGAUGUAUCUUGUGCCGGUUGUCAUUCUACUACUAAUUUCAGCCACCAACCCGGAGGCAGGACAACGCUAAGUGGACCGCCUAUUGGGCGUGCUUCUUUCUUAAUUUAUAUUGCAUUUCCGACAUCAACC